UUCCCUUUGGGCUCUCUCUCUCUCAACUCUCGAACCUCUACCUUAGCUUUGCCAAUUGCCCUAUGCCUACUUCUUCUAAUCUAUCUGAGUUCUGACACCCACUCUUCUCAGUCUUCCCUCUCUAUUUAAAAACAAAAAAAAAAAAAAAGGGAAAAAAUGUCCAGCAGAAGCUCGCGUUCCAGACGCUCGCCUGUUCCUUCUAGGAACAUUUCUGACGACCAGAUUGCUGAUUUGAUCUCCAAGUUACAGCAACUCAUCCCUGAGAUUCGCAAUGCCCGUUCCUCCUCCAGGGUAUCAGCUUCAAAAGUAUUGCAGGAGACGUGCAACUACAUAAGAAGCUUACAAAGAGAGGUGGAUGACCUAAGCGAGCGGUUAUCGGAGCUAUUGGCGUCUACGGAUCCUGAAAGUGCUCAGGCUGCCAUUAUUAGAAGCUUACUUAUGCACUAAACAACCUUCAUCUCAUUAGUUCUUCUACACAAUUUGCUCCAUCUUCAGCAGCACAUGAUAAUGCCUACACACACACUCUAUAUAUUUAUAUAUAUAAACUCGAUCGUAGUAUAAUAAAAGUACUUAGUACGUCUAGACUAUUAUAUAUAUAUGAUUUCAGUUGUUAAUGGUGAGAAGAGGUUAUGUGUACGCAUCAACCUCAACUAAUGGAAACAAGAUCAUAUUCCAUAUA